AUGAGCCCUCCAAUGAGAAGUUGGGAUAUAGAUGAUGAGCCACCAGCACACUCAGUAGAAACUAUUGCACAAUGGCCUGAUGAGCCCUCUAAUGAGAAAUUGGAUAGAGAUGAUGAGCCACCAGCAGACUCAGUAGAAACUAUUGCACAAUGGCCUGAUGAGCCCUCUAAUGAGAAGUUGGAUAGAGAUGAUGAGCCACCAGCAGACUUGUUAGAAACUAUUGCACAAUGGACUGAUGGGCCCUCUAAUGAGAAGUUGGAUAGAGAUGAUGAGCCACCAGCAGACUCAGAAGAAACUAUUGCACAAUGGCCUGAUGAGCCCUCUAAUGAGAAGUUGGAUAGAGAUGAUGAGCCACCAGCACACUCAGUAGAAACUAUUGCACAAUGGCCUGAUGAGCCCUCUAAUGAGAAAUUGGAUACAGAUGAUGAGCCACCAGCAGACUUAGUAGAAACGAUUGCACAAUGUCCUGAUGAGCCCUCUAAUGAGAAGUUGGAUAGAGAUGAUGAGCCACCAGCACACUCAGUAGAAACUAUUGCACAAUGGCCUGAUGAGCCCUCUAAUGAGAAGUUGGAUAGAGAUGAUGAGCCACCAGCAGACUUAGUAGAAACUAUUGCACAAUGGCCUGAUGAGCCCUCUAAUGAGAAAUUGGAUACAGAUGAUGAGCCACCAGCAGACUUAGUAGAAACGAUUGCACAAUGUCCUGAUGAGCCCUCUAAUGAGAAGUUGGAUAGAGAUGAUGAGCCACCAGCACACUCAGUAGAAACUAUUGCACAAUGGCCUGAUGAGCCCUCUAAUGAGAAGUUGGAUAGAGAUGAUGAGCCACCAGCACACUCAGUAGCAACUAUUGCACAAUGGCCUGAUAAGCCCACCAAUGAGAAGUUGGAUAGAGAUGAUGAACCACCAGCACACUCAGUAGAAACUAAAGCACAAUGGCCUGAUGAGCCCUCUAAUGAGAAGUUGGGUGGAGAUGAUGAGCCACCAGCAGACUCAGUAGAAACUAUUGCACAAUGGCCUGAUGAGCACUCUAAUGAGAAAUUGGAUACAGAUGAUGAGCCACCAGCAGACUUAGUAGAAAAUAUUGCACAAUGGGCUGAUGAGACCUCUAAUGAGAAGGUGGAUAGAGAUGAUGAGCCACCAGCACACUCAGUAGAAACUAUUGCACAAUGGCCUGAUGAGCCCUCGAAUGAGAAGUUGGAUAGAGAUGAUGAGCCACCAGCACACUCAGUAGCAACUAUUGCACAAUGGCCUGAUAAGCCCACCAAUGAGAAGUUGGAUAGAGAUGAUGAGCCACCAGCACACUCAGUAGAAACUAUUGCACAAUGGCCUGAUGAGCCCUGUAAUGAGAAGGUGGAUAGAGAUGAUGAGCCACCAGCAGACUCAGUAGAAAAUAUUGCACAAUGGACUGAUGAGCCCACUAAUGAGAAGUUGGAUAGAGAUGAUGAGCCACCAGCACACUCAGUAGAAACUAUUGCACAAUGGCCUGAUGAGCCCUCUAAUGAGAAAUUGGAUACAGAUGAUGAGCCACCAGCACACUCAGUAGAAACUAGUGCACAAUCGCCUGAUGAGCCCUCUAAUGAGAAGUUGGAUAGAGAUGAUGAGCCACCAGCAGACUUAGUAGAAAAUAUUGCACAAUGGCCUGAUGAGCCCUCUAAUGAAAAGUCGGAUAGAGAUGAUGAACCACCAGCAGACACGGUAGAAACUAUUGCACAAUGGCCUGAUGAGCCCUCUAAUGAGAAGUUGGAUAGAGAUGAUGAGCCACCAGCACACUCAGUAGAAACUAUUGCACAAUGGCCUGAUGAGCCCUCUAACGAGAAGUUGGAUAGAGAUGAUGAGCCACCAGCACACUCAGUAGAAACUAUUGCACAAUGGCAUGAUGAGCCCUCUAAUGAGAAGUUGGAUAGAGAUGAUGAGCCACCAGCACACUCAGUAGAAACUAUUGCACAAUGGCAUGAUGAGCCCUCUCAUGAGAAGUUGGAUAGAGAUGAUGAGCCACCAGCACACUCAGUAGAAACUAUUGCACAAUGGCCUGAUGAGCCCUCUAAUGAGAAAUUGGAUACAGAUGAUGAGCCACCAGCACACUCAGAAGAAACUAUUGCAGAAUGGCCUGAUGAGCCCUCUAAUGAGAAGUUGGAUAGAGAUGCUGAGCCACCAGCACACUCAGUAGAAACUAUUGCACAAUGGCCUGAUGAGCCCUCUAAUGAGAAGUUGGAUAGAGAUGAUGAGCCACCAGCAGACUCAGAAGAAACUAUUGCACAAUGGCCUGAUGAGCCCUCUAAUGAGAAGUUGGAUAGAGAUGCUGAGCCACCAGCACACUCAGUAGAAACUAUUGCACAAUGGCCUGAUGAGCCCUCUAAUGAGAAGUUGGAUAGAGAUGCUGAGCCACCAGCACACUCAGUAGAAACUAUUGCACAAUGGCCUGAUGAGCCCUCUAAUGAGAAGUUGGAUAGAGAUGCUGAGCCACCAGCACACUCAGUAGAAACUAUUGCACAAUGGCCUGAUGAGCCCUCUAAUGAGAAGUUGGAUAGAGAUGCUGAGCCACCAGCACACUCAGUAGAAACUAUUGCACAAUGGCCUCAUGAGCCCUCUAAUGAGAAGUUGGAUAGAGAUGAUGAGCCACCAGCACACUCAGUAGAAACUAUUGCACAAUGGCCUGAUGAGCCCUCUAAUGAGAAGUUGGAUAGAGAUGCUGAGCCACCAGCACACUCAGUAGAAACUAUUGCACAAUGGCCUGAUGAGCCCUCUAAUGAGAAGUUGGAUAGAGAUGCUGAGCCACCAGCACACUCAGUAGAAACUAUUGCACAAUGGCCUGAUGAGCCCUCUAAUGAGAAGUUGGAUAGAGAUGCUGAGCCACCAGCACACUCAGUAGAAACUAUUGCACAAUGGCCUGAUGAGCCCUCUAAUGAGAAGUUGGAUAGAGAUGAUGAGCCACCAGCACACUCAGUAGAAACUAUUGCACAAUGGCCUGAUGAGCCCUCUAAUGAGAAGUUGGAUAGAGAUGCUGAGCCACCAGCACACUCAGUAGAAACUAUUGCACAAUGGCCUGAUGAGCCCUCUAAUGAGAAGUUGGAUAGAGAUGCUGAGCCACCAGCACACUCAGUAGAAACUAUUGCACAAUGGCCUGAUGAGCCCUCUAAUGAGAAGUUGGAUAGAGAUGAUGAGCCACCAGCAGACUCAGAAGAAACUAUUGCAGAAUGGCCUGAUGAGCCCUCUAAUGAGAAGUUGGAUAGAGAUGCUGAGCCACCAGCACACUCAGUAGAAACUAUUGCACAAUGGCCUGAUGAGCCCUCUAAUGAGAAGUUGGAUAGAGAUGCUGAGCCACCAGCACACUCAGUAGAAACUAUUGCACAAUGGCCUCAUGAGCCCUCUAAUGAGAAGUUGGAUAGAGAUGAUGAGCCCCCAGCACACUCAGUAGAAACUAUUGCACAAUGGCCUGAUGAGCCCUCUAACGAGAAGUUGGAUAGAGAUGAUGAGCCACCAGCACACUCAGUAGAAACUAUUGCACAAUGGCAUGAUGAGCCCUCUCAUGAGAAGUUGGAUAGAGAUGAUGAGCCACCAGCACACUCAGUAGAAACUAUUGCACAAUGGCCUGAUGAGCCCUCUAAUGAGAAAUUGGAUACAGAUGAUGAGCCACCAGCACACUCAGAAGAAACUAUUGCAGAAUGGCCUGAUGAGCCCUCUAAUGAGAAGUUGGAUAGAGAUGCUGAGCCACCAGCACACUCAGUAGAAACUAUUGCACAAUGGCCUGAUGAGCCCUCUAAUGAGAAGUUGGAUAGAGAUGAUGAGCCACCAGCACACUCAGUGGAAACUAUUGCACAAUGGCCUGAUGAGUCCUCUAAUGAAAAGUUGGAUAGAGAUGAUGAGCCACCAGCACACUCAGUAGAAACUAUUGCACAAUGGCCUGAUGAGCCCUCUAAUGAGAAUUGGGAUAUAGAUGAUGAGCCACCAGCACACUCAGUAGAAACUAUUGCACAAUGGCCUGAUGAGCCCUCUAAUGAGAAAUUGGAUAGACAUGAUGAGCCACCAGCAGACUUAGCAGAAACUAUUGCACAAUGGCCUGAUGAGCCCUCUAAUGAGAAGUUGGAUAGAGAUGAUGAGCCACCAGCACACUCAGUAGAAACUAUUGCACAAUGGCCUGAUGAGCCCUCUAAUGAGAAGUUGGAUAGAGAUGAUGAGCCACCAGCACACUCAGUAGAAACUAUUGCACAAUGGCCUGAUGAGCCCUCUAAUCAGAAGUUCGAUAGAGAUGAUGAGCCACCAGCACACUCAGUAGAAACUAUUGCACAAUGGCCUGAUGAGCCCUCCAAUGAGAAGUUGGGAUAUAGAUGA